AUGAAGAGGACCCGCGACGAGGUGGAUGCGACGCUGCAGAUCGCCAAGCUGAACGCGGCCGAGCUGCUGCCGGCGGUGCACUGCCUGGGCUUCGGCCCUGGGGCUAGCGGCGCUGCCGCCGGCGACUUCUGCCUGCUGGAGCUGGAGCCCACGCUGUGCCAGCAGCUGGAGGAUGGACACAGUCUUGUGAUUCGUGGUGAUAAAGACGAGCAAGCUGUGCUGUGCAGUAAAGACAAAACAUACGACUUGAAGAUAGCAGACACUUCCAAUAUGUUGCUUUUCAUUCCUGGUUGUAAAACUCCAGACCAGUUGAAGAAGGAAGAUUCACACUGUAACAUUAUUCACACUGAGAUCUUUGGUUUUUCUAAUAAUUAUUGGGAAUUAAGAAGAUGUAGACCUAAGUUAAAGAAGCUAAAGAAACUUUUGAUGGAAAAUCCGUAUGAAGGACCUGACAGUCAAAAAGAGAAGGAUUCAAACAGCUCAAAAUAUACAACUGAAGAUUUGCUUGAUCAAAUUCAGGCAAGUGAGGAAGAAAUAAUGACCCAAUUACAAGUUCUAAAUGCCUGUGAGAUUGGAGGUUAUUGGAGGAUUCUUGAAUUUGAUUAUGAGAUGAAACUUCUGAAUCAUGUAACUCAGCUUGUGGAUUCCGAAUCAUGGUCUUUUAGUAAAGUUCCUUUGAAUACAUGCCUUCAGGAACUUGGACCAUUGGAGCCAGAGGAAAUGAUAGAGCACUGUCUUAAAUGUUAUGGGAAGAAAUAUGUAGAUGAAGGCGAAGUUUAUUUUGAGUUGGAUGCUGAUAAAAUAUGUAGAGCAGCAGCACAAAUGCUACUUCAGAAUGCGGUGAAAUUCAAUCUCGCUGAGUUUCAAGAAGUCUGGCAGCAGAGUGUUCCUGAAGGAAUGGUAACUAGUCUUGAUCAGCUUAAGGGUUUAGCGCUGGUGGAUAGACACUCGAGACCAGAAAUCAUAUUUUUGCUGAAAGUAGAUGAUUUACCUGAGGAUAAUCAGGAACGUUUUAAUAGCCUUUUCUCUCUAAGGGAGAAGUGGACAGAAGAAGAUAUUGCUCCAUAUAUUCAAGAUUUGUGUGGAGAGAAGCAAACCAUAGGUGCAUUACUCACUAAAUAUUCUCGUUCUUCGAUGCAAAAUGGUGUUAAAGUUUAUAAUUCGAGAAGACCCAUUUCUUAAAAGAACAACAGUCUUUUCUUCGGGACUCAAGUUGCUUUAUAAAGUUGCUGGAUACAAGAAAAAUAACUUGUACUUUUAUUUCUGACUUUUAAAAACCUAGUCUUCUAAGGCAUUUUUCUCCUCAUCUUAAGCAUUUUGAAACUACUGUUAUUUCUUAAAUGUUAUAGGAUGUAGCUUUCAAAUUAUAUUUGUACUAUGUACACAGUGUAAACAAGGACAAAAGAAUUCUUUCCUAUAUUAUGUCUGAGGUCUCUAUGAUUUAUUUAAAGUUUGGCUUUUUAUAUUCAAAAUGUCAUUUCUUUAUUUAGGAUUUGAUGUUCUAAUCAUUGAUACACUUAAGUUUUCCAGAGAACUAAAUAGUAAUAGUUUCAUAGAAGAGAACUAUGUAUUCACUUAAAUAUCAUUUCUCAAGUGAGUGAGUUCCCCUCUACUUUUAGCCUUCCACCCAAACUGGAAGCCACUAGGUGCUAUCGAUUAUUUAUAUUCGUUGUUUACAUCCAUGAAAUUGGCUGAAUAAUUACUCCUCUGCCUGGCAUAGACGUGCACUUUGGGGAAAAAAAUGGGUUUAUAAUCCUAUAAUGAAGAAUACUGGCACAGGCAAUGCUCACUGGAAAACUUCAAGUAAUUUCUAGUUGGUUUUGGAAUGCUUGAUAAAGUUCUUUUAUAGCUUUAUUUUCCUGAUUUGUUUUGGUUUAGAUCAAAGUUCAAAUUAAUUUUAACUUAGCUAAUGAACUCAUCACCAGGACAGCUGGAGGGGGUAGGCCAAGGUUAAAUGGUCCAAGUUUCAAAAAUGUUAAUGGCUAAUCCAUAAUUAAUUAAAGUUUAACUGUUACUGAAGUUUACAAGUUUUAUUGUCAUGAACAUGAAAUACAAACACGAUGGCUUUGAAAUGUCUUUCAAUAAAUGUUUCUGCAUUUAUAUGGAUUAUAUGAUAUAUAUACACAGUCUAUAUAUCUAUAUGUAGUCUAUUUAUUUAUUUAUUUUGAGACGGAGUCUCGCUUUGUCUUCCAGGCUGGAGUGCAGUGGCAUAAUCUCAGCUCACUGCAAACUCGGCUUCCCGAGUUGAGGUGAUUCUGGUGCCUCACCCUCCCGAGUGGCUGGGAAUACAGGCGCAUGCCACGACGCAGGGCUAAUUUUUGUAUUUUUACUAGAUGGGCUUUCACCAUGUUGGCCAGGCUGGUCUCAAACUCCUGACCUCAAGUGAUAUGCCUGCCUCGGUUUCCCAAAGUGCUAGGAUUACAGGCGUGAGCCACCACGCCUUGCCUGUAGUCUAUAUUUUACUCUUUUUUUUUUUUUCUGAGACAGUCUCGGCUCUGUCGCCCAGGCUGAAGUGCAGUAGAACGAUCUCCGCUCGCUGCAACUUCCGUCUCCCGGGUUCAAGCAAUUCUCCUGCCUCAGCCUCCCAAGUAGCUGGGAUUACAGGCGUGCACCACCACGCCCAGCUAAUUUUGUGUAAUUUUUAGUAGAGACGGGGGUUUCACCAUGUUGGUCAGGCUGGUUUCGAACUCCUGACCUCAAAUGAUCGGCCCGCCUCCGCCUCCCAAAGUGUUGGGAUUACAGGAGUGAGCCACUGCGCCCGGCCUUGUAAUCUAUAUUUUAAAAUAAAUACUAAGGCAGCAGUGCCUAGUGAGAGCUCUGGAGUGCUGGAGUUUUGACAUUUAGACUACCUGCAGUCUAAUCACGUAUUUUACAGCUUAAAUCACCGGACCCAGUGUGUCUGUUCACACAGCAAGCCAGAGGCACGCACCUCCUGAUUUCGGAAGACUUCCCACCACCCCACCGCGCACGGUUACUAGCACCCUGCCCCAGCCUAUUUAUACCUGGUUCUUCACAAACUUUGUCCUCCAUUCUUCUCAAUAUGUUUGUACUAGAAAACUACCUUCCCUUCGUUUCUUCCUGCUGUUCUCGCUUCAUCCAUUAAAUAGUUUCUUCGCUUUCCUAAAGUUUAACAGUUCUUUACGAUAAGGCACAUGCGAAGAGCGCAAGCCCAGCCCUUUAAGAAGACUUCCGGGUUCUACCCCCGCCGCUGUUCCACUUCCGCUGACGUCGGAGGUCAGAGUUUAUAGACAAGAUGUCGGCCGAUGGUCGCUUUGAGCAUUUGCGUAGAGGAGCAUCUCUGUGACAGCAGCUUGUCGACGGCGGCUUCUAGGAGCUAGUCGAAGGAGCGAGGUUGAAGCGGGCAGCGACCCGUCAGGUCGCUCCCCUGGGGACCGGCCAGCUGCGAGACGUGACUUGGGGACCGCAGGGGAGUGGGGAAUGUGAGGUGCCAAAGACCAGUAAUGCCCCGUAUCCCCCCAGGAAGCCGGGAAACCAAGCUCCGCGGGACCGCUUCAUGCCGUUGACUGGUGUAGAGCCCGCCAGAAUGAACAGGAAGAAAGGAGACAAGGGCUUUGAAAGCCCAAGGCCAUAUAAAUUAUAAGUCGUCUGCAUCAACAACAUAAAUUUCCAGAGAAAAUCUGUUGUGGGAUUUGUGGAACUGACUAUAUUUCCCACAGUUGCAAACUUGAAUAGAAUCAAGUUGAACAGCAAACAGUGUAGAAUAUACCGAGUAAGGAUCAAUGAUUUAGAGGCUGCUUUUAUUUAUAAUGACCCAACCUUGGAAGUUUGUCACAGUGAAUCAAAACAAGAGGAGAUACACAAAUGGGAUUGGAAAAAUUCAGGGAAUCCCUGAUUUACUCCUGUAACUUUCCAUUUCACAAAG